GAUAAUAUCUAACGUCUCAGGUGUAUUCAUUUCCGAUCCAAUUGCAAAAUGCCUUCCACAUCAUCUGUCACCGAGGUCCAAGUCGAGACCUUUACGUUUCCGCCGUCAGUGAGGCCGCCUGGUUCAACCAAAUCUCAUUUUCUCGGUGGCGCAGGGGAAAGGGGUUUGGAGAUUCAAGGCAAGUUCAUCAAGUUCACGGCGAUCGGGGUGUACCUCGAAGACGUCGCCGUGCCGUCGCUCGCUGAUAGGUGGCGUGGCAAGACUGCCGUGGAGCUGACUGAAUCCGUUGAGUUCUUUAGAGACAUUGUUACAGGUCCCUUUGAGAAGUUCAUACGGGUGACAAUGAUCUUACCAUUAACGGGACAACAGUACUCAGAGAAGGUUACAGAGAACUGUGUGGCCAUUUGGAAAUCUCUUGGAAUUUACACCGAUGCAGAAGCCAAAGCCAUUGAGAAAUUCAUUGAAGUCUUCAAGGAUGAAACCUUCCCACCGGGCUCCUCUAUUCUCUUCACAGUAUCCUCUAAUGGAUCUUUAACCAUUGGGUUUUCUAAAGAUGGGACCAUCCCAGAAGUUGGGAGUACAGUGAUAGAAAACAAACUAUUGGCUGAGGCUGUUUUGGAGUCGAUAAUCGGAAAGCAUGGUGUCUCCCCUGCAGCAAAGCAGAGUUUGGCAGCAAGACUUCCAGAGUUGUUGAAAGAUGGGGACGAGAAGUUAGCUGGAAACGGAAAAGCCUAAUCUUAGUAGUUUUCAAAGGAAGUAAGAUUAAUCAUCUGAAUAAUUAAUUUGAGGAUAAGCGUGUCUACUAAUGUAUUGGAAGUGAAAAAUGCUAAGAAAAGAGAGAUGUUUUUUCUGCAUUUUGCUUGGUUUUUACGUUUUGGUAAAAACAUAAAUAAAAAAAAAAAUGGGGAAAGGAGAAAUCAGUUCGAGCUAAUCAGCCGCACAGAUUUUCCUU